UUUAAUUUUCGAAGUAAAAUUUUCUAAAAUGGUACAUAUUGUUUUUGAUACAAGAUCAGUAGGUUAUGAAGAAUUUAUUCCCUCAAUAAUGAAAGGAGGUGGAAUAUCCGAUGAAUACAAUUAUUUCAAGGGUUCUUCACCUUUUCAAAGAGGUUACGGUAAUUCUCAGAGAGGUGCAGGAAUAGGAGAUGUAAUGAGGGGACUUUGGCGUUUUUUCCUUCCAAUCAUUAAACAAGCUGGCACUACAGUAGCUGGGGAAGCAUUAAAUACCGGACAGCGAGUGUUAGAGAGGGUUAAUCAAGGAGAACCGCUUAAAGCAGCGCUCAAAGAAGAAGGAAGAAAAGGUAUUGACACCGUAUUGGAGAAAGGGGGAUUACCAAAACAAUUUGGGACUGGUCGUAAAAAGGGUAUAAAAAGGAAUGCAAUGCCUGCACAUCAAACAUUUAUUGGAAAAAAAGUUAAAAAAAGAUUAAGAUCGGACGCUUUUGGUCUCUAUUAAAAUGGCUUUUCACAAAAUAGAUAGUGACAGUAUUAAUUCUAUUACAAGUGCUCUGGACUUUUUCCAAAUUCCACCGACUAAUGUUACAGUAACAUCUUCUAAAGUAUUUGAAAUUCUCACCAGUAAUCCUCUUACAGACACUCCCUACCACUUUAAAAUCCAUUCAAGUCAAAAUUAUAUUGACUUGUCAAAAUGUUACCUUUUUACUGAACUUAGAAUA